CUUCACGUGGUUAAAUAUAUAGGGAUUCAUUUGGCUAUACUACAUACCUCGUGGGUCAUUGUCAGAUUUUUUAAUCAGAGCAGUCAGAUUGAGGUUUCAAUUGGAAGUGACUUCCCAGGUUUGAUGGUGAAGAAGUGUGGGCAACGUUUCUUAUACCAACAAGAUGUGGAAGAGUUUGAGCAAACGAUCAUUAAGUGCUCUACUGUGCCUUUUUACAAUAUGGAACUCAUCCAUCGAUCAGUAGCUAGUGAUUCUCCAAAUGAUAAGCGAAAGAAUGAAGCUGGAUUUUCUUUUGAGGAUCCAAACCUUGGAAGGUUGAGAAGACCCAUUUACCCAGAGCAAAGCAGUAGAGAUAGCAUCUAUCUUGAAGAUCAACACCCUGAUAAUCAACUCAGCAAAAGUGAUUUACAGGAAUUUGAUCGAAGUUUGGUGUAUAAUUCUUGUUUUCCUCCAAGUGAAAUUCUUGAGUGGUUCAACCAUCGUAGUGGCGAGCCACCAGUGACAAUCCAUCAACCUCUAAAUUUAUAUGAUGAUAGUACUUGGAGGGGACUUGCUCUAUGUGUUUCUUUCUCAGUCAACAUCAAGGAUCCUACUACCAUCCUAGACAUUCUUAAUUCAGAAAGUGCUCAUCAUCUUUAUUGUCAUUUGGAAAGAAAUGUUGGUUCUUUGGAACCUCUCCAUGCCUAUUGCCUUACUAAAGAAGAUGUCAUGUUGUUACAUCUAGGUGGAUUCAUGUGGCUAUCCUAUAUACCACGUAGCUCAUUUCCAGAUUGUUUGAAUCAAUGUAAUCGCAUUGAGGCUUGAAUUGUUAGUGAUUGCCCAGACUUGACAGUGGUGAAGUGUGGACUCCGUCUUGUACAUCAGCAUGAUGAGGAAAAGUUUAAGCAAACUACAAGGCACGGCUUGGCCUCAUUGUCUGACAAUUGGGGUCUCAUCUUUCAUUUGACGGCUCACAGUAGAAAAAGAAAUAAGCAAAACCUCUCCAUGCUUAAAGAGAAAUGCAAGCAUGUGCUAGAAUAGCAUCUCCUCUUAUUGUUCUGCUACUUUUCUUAGCGGUUCUCCCUUCUGUUCUCAAUUAUAAGUCUAACUAGACACUCAUAAUCUCUGCUGCUUAGUUAACUCAAUAUUGGUCUCAAGUUUCUUGUUCCCUGGACUAAUGUGAGCACUAUCUUUAGUUUUGCAUUAAUAGGAGGCAACAAAGGCAUUGUCACUAAUAGUGAGAAUUAUGCUUUAAUUUUAUUGGAAGGAACGAUUAAAAAUGAACUCUUUGUUUGCACAUUUUCUUCGUUUUAAGGGAAUAAAUGCAUGUUCAUGUAGUAA